AUGGUCGCCGACCCCAAUGCCGCCUCCAUCACGGUCUCAGUUCGAGUGCGACCGUUCACGAUCCGAGAAGCUGCCCAACUAACUCGCAACGAUGAGGGCACUGUUUUCCUCGGCGAAGGCUCUCUCGCCGCCGCACCACCAAAGCUCCAGAGGGGUGGUAUCAGACCGGUCAUCAAGGUCGUCGAUGACAGAUGCUUAGUUUUCGACCCGCCCGAGGACAACCCUGUUCACAGAUUCGGACGAUCCGUCGUGCCCAACGGCAAGAAGGUCAAGGAUCAAACCUUCAUGUUCGACAGAAUAUUCGACGAGAACGCAACACAAAACGACGUCUACGAAGGCACUACAAAGCAACUUCUCGAUAGCGUCCUCGACGGCUACAAUGCUACGGUCUUCGCCUACGGCGCUACCGGUUGCGGCAAGACGCACACCAUUACCGGCACAUCACAACACCCAGGAAUUAUCUUCAUGACCAUGCAGGAACUCUUCGAAAAGAUCAACGAACGAAGCCAGGACAAGACCACCGAGAUCACGCUUUCCUACCUCGAGAUCUACAAUGAGACCAUCCGCGAUCUGUUGAUCCCCGGAGGCAGCAAGCAGGGAUUGAUGCUCCGUGAGGAUUCGAAUCAGGCCGUGUCUGUCGCAGGCCUGACAAGCCACCAUCCCAAGAACGUACAAGAGGUCAUGGACAUGAUCGUUCAGGGAAAUGAGUGGCGUACUGUCUCGCCGACCGAGGCCAAUGCCACCUCCUCCCGCUCCCACGCUGUUCUUCAGAUCAACGUGUCGCAAAAGGACCGCAACGCCGACGUCAACGAGCCGCAUACCAUGGCCACGCUGAGCAUCAUCGAUCUUGCCGGUAGCGAACGUGCCAGCGCCACGAAGAACCGCGGCGAGCGUCUGCUCGAAGGCGCAAACAUCAACAAGUCCCUCUUGGCCCUGGGAAGCUGCAUUAAUGCCUUGUGCGACCCGCGCAAGCGCAACCACGUACCAUAUCGCAACAGCAAACUUACUCGACUCCUCAAGUUCUCCCUCGGUGGCAACUGCAAGACGGUCAUGAUUGUGUGUGUCAGUCCUUCAAGCGUUCACUUCGACGAAACGCAAAACACUCUCCGAUACGCGAACCGAGCCAAGAAUAUCCAGACCAAGGUCACCCGUAACGUCUUCAACGUCAACAGACACGUCAAGGACUUCUUGGUCAAGAUUGACGAGCAAAUUGCGCUGAUCAAUGAGCUCAAGGCGCAACAGAAGGAUGCCGAAAAGAUAUUCUACGCCAAGUUCCGUAAGCAAUUGGAAAAGCGCGACUCCGUCGCCCGCGAAGGCGUUCAGCGCAUUCGCGUGGCCUACGACAACUCUGCCAACGACAGGCGGGACAAGAUCAACAACAUGAAGAAGUUGCGGGCUUUCGAAAGGCGCAUCGGCAUACUUUCCGCCUGGAUUGCCUCCUUCGACACUGUCUGCGAUCGGAGAGGAGAUGAAGACUCGAUGCCCGCGCCCCUCCUUGCCAUCCGCAAGACAGCGCAAGGCAUCUUGGUUGAGUUGGAGCACAGCCGCCACCACAUUCACCAAAAGCUGGAGAACACCAACUGGGAACGGGCCAUCGAUACUGCCCUUCAUCACAGCAUCAAGCAGUUACCCGGCGGCGACGCUGACGCAGCCGAGAUUGACGCCCUGACCCGCGAGGCAGAGUUACUGAAGGCCAACUUUGGCAGAGAUGCCACCCGGGAGGUCAUGGAAAUGGAUAAGGUCGGCGAUGCGGCCAUGAUCCAAGUUCUCCUGACCGCCCAGUUCGACAUUCUGGCGUCGCUCGAAGAUACUUUGGAGAUGAAUGAAGAGGAUGCCGUUGCGCACGCUAAACGGAUUAUCAACCGUUUGCUGGAGGCCGGCUUCUCGGCCGCCUCCCAUAUCGUCAAACCUGACGGUGCCAUGAUCCCCGUCGAGAAGUUUUCUCCCAGCAAGCGAGGCACACCGAAGCGCAAGAAGGCAGUCAUCAACAACAUUAACAACACAUCUCCUGUUCGACAGCCUGCUUUUGUCCCGCCUUCCGAGCCUGCGCCUCAACCCCAUGCGUCUCCCAUGAAGUCGUCGCCUCGCCGUAGGAAGGCCGGUGCGCCGCGGAGUCCUCGUAAGGGGGUCUCUUUUACGCCAGUCAGGAGGAAGUCGGAAGCCAAGCGAGCUGUUCGCUGGAGGGACGAUGAAACCGAGCAGGGUACGCUGGCGGAUUUCGAAAAGACACCCAAGAAGUUCGACUCGACGCCAGAGCACAACUCGCCCGACAAGACAGCAUUGAGAAUGCCAGCCCUACCCUCCUACUUGCGAACCGCCUCGCCCAACUCCGACACUAGCCCGACGCUAGAGCUUCCUGAAUCCUCAUCCAUCCCGCUGGUCAAACCUAACAGGUUCCAGGCUGGAUUCCUGUCCAAGGGCCGCGUCUCGUCCAUUGGCUCUGGGUCUCCGACCGUGCCAGUGCCGACAAUGUCGUUGCCCCUGGGCUCGUCUCCGUCGUCGGACAGCGGAGACCGCGUGGCUCCCUUGCGCGCUCUUGACGUGCACCGCUCCUCCAACCUGUCUCCGCCGGCCUUCCGCUCUAGGAUUGCGAGAGCUAGCCCGCCGCCGAGGACUUCCCUUUCAGGCAAUUUAUCGGCCGACGAGAACAACCCGCCAUCGUCUCAGAAUGCCUCUGGAUCCGAGUCGGAGUCUCCCAGCAUCGAUCCUAGAAAGAUUCGAUCUGCCUUGCAGUCCAUGAAGAAGGUCCGAGGCGAGCACCGUCGUGUGUCGUCCAUAGGAGGGUCGGCGGGCAACAACGCCAGGCGUAUUUCUUCGGUCAACCCGAUUGGCUCCAACCAUCGGGCAUCGACGAGCUUCUCGGGUCCGUUGGCUAGCAACUCAAACGGCAUCUCGCGGCAGCGCCGAGCCAGUGCGGAGCGGAGGCUUUCUCCGCCCAUCACCUGCUCCCCCCCUGAUCUUAGGAAUGAUCGGGCGUUCACCGCAGGGCAAGCAAGGAGAAUGCACCUGGGAGGUAGUUUGAGAUUGGAGGGAGGAAGCCCCCAGGCGCCUCAAAACAGAAUGGCUAGCGCCGACUUCAAGAACAGACGCAUCACCAUUGGCAGCCUGGCGGCCAACGGAAAGAUCGAGAAGACGCACGCACCCAGACCCAGCGUGGCAGGGUGGCGUUGA